CCAUCCAUUCUAUUCCAUUCCUCUUACUUUGUAGCAUUAGUGCCAACAGCUUUCAGUGGGACAAAUCAACAAACAUCUGUCAUACCCAUUUCUGUCGUCAUCACAUUCAAUUUUGCUAAUGAAAUUCUAAACUUGCGCCUCACAAAGUUACCUUUAUGCUCUGUUUUACUCUAUUUAAUAACCCAUUAAUUAUCUGAUACUUUGUUCCAUUUCUUUCCCCAAGAUUUGUCCAGAUCAAUAUUGGACAUUGUUCUCUUUUGGAGCAAGAGGAAUCAAUUGUUGUGGAAAUGACGAGGAAGAUGCUAGGUGAUGGGGAUCUGGAUGAAUCUAAUGAAGGGGAGGCUCUUUACGACUUCGAUUUGUUUGUGAUUGGGGCAGGAAGUGGAGGAGUUCGUGCCUCGCGAUUCUCUGCUCAGUAUGGAGCUAAGGUUGGGAUCUGUGAGCUUCCAUUUCAUCCUAUCAGCUCUGAAGUUAUAGGAGGAGUUGGCGGAACGUGUGUCAUUCGUGGUUGUGUUCCCAAAAAGAUUUUAUUUUAUGGUGCUUCUUUUGGGUCUGAUCUAGAGGACGCAAGGAAUUAUGGAUGGGAGCUAAAUGAGAGGAUUGAUUUUAAUUGGAAAAAACACUUGCACAAGAAGACAAAAGAAAUAGUUAGGUUAAAUGGAACAUACAAGCGUUUACUUGCAAAUGCUGGAGUUAAGCUAUUUGAAGGAGAGGGAAGGGUUGCAGGUCCUAAUGACGUUGAAGUGAUUCAAAUCGAUGGGACAAAACUAAGAUAUUCUGCAAAGCAUAUCCUAAUUUCAACUGGAAGCCGUGCUCAACGUCCAGAUAUUCCAGGUCAGGAAUUAGCCAUAACUUCAGAUGAGGCAUUGAGCUUGGAAGAGUUGCCUAAGCGAGCUGUCAUACUUGGUGGAGGGUAUAUUGCCCUUGAGUUUGCUUCAAUAUGGCGAGGGAUGGGUGUAGCUGUUGAUCUGUGUUUCAGAAAAGAACUUCCUUUAAGAGGUUUCGAUAAUGAGAUGCGAGCACUGGUUGCGAGAAAUCUAGAAGCUAGGGGAAUCACCAUGCAUCCUUGGACAACAAUAACUGAGCUUGUUCAAACAGAAGAUGGUAUAAAAAUUCUCACCAGCCAUGGUGAAGAAAUUACGGCCGAUGUUGUACUCUUUGCCACAGGAAGGGUCCCAAACACUAAAAGGCUAAAUCUGGAAUCUGUAGGAGUUGAGCUUGAUAGUACAACUGGCGCUGUGAAGGUCGAUGAUUACUCCUGCACGAACAUACCCAGCAUAUGGGCCAUAGGUGAUGUUACAAACAGAUUGAAUCUUACUCCCGUUGCUUUGAUGGAAGGAACCUGUUUUGCCAAAACCGUCUUUGGUGGACAGCCUACCACACCUGAUUAUGACAACGUUCCUUGUGCUGUGUUCUGCAUACCACCACUGUCUUUAGUCGGCCUGAGUGAGGAACAGGCUCUAGAGAAAUCAACGGGUGACAUUUUGGUUUUUACGUCUACAUUUAAUUCAAUGAAGAACACUAUUUCUGGACGACAAGAGAAAACAAUCAUGAAGCUGGUGGUUGAUGCUGAGACUGAUAAGGUUCUUGGAGCAUCCAUGUGUGGACCUGAUGCUCCUGAGAUCAUGCAGGGAAUUGCUGUUGCACUCAAGUGUGGAGCAACAAAAGCACAAUUCGACAGCACGGUGAGUUACACAGAUAUUCAAAGACAUAUAAUUGCAUCACAAUCCACAAGAAAAUACACCAAACGAUGUUACACAGAUAUCCCUAUCCUUAAAAAUUGCAGAACCAUCUCCUAUUUGAUUCAAUACACAAGUAACUAUAGAUUGUCUGAUUAUGGAUGCCUUUUAUAACCCUCGUUGAUUGAACUUUUCUACGACUUGGUAUGUCUGUUUUCUUGAACUUCCACGAAGCAGACGACAUGUGACCAUCUCAGAGCUGCUAACAUAUUGUUUAUAUUGUGUUAGAUUGGGAUUCACCCUUCUUCCGCAGAGGAGUUCGUGACCAUGCGGUCUGUGACGAGGCGCGUUUCUCCUACCAAGCCCAAGACUAUUAACCUAUAGACACGGAUGAAUAUGUGAUCCAAUACUUCAUACUCUGUUACACAACAAAAUCAUAUUUUCUGCAGUAAAAAGGAAAAAUAGCAGAUAAUAUAAAAGUAAGCAGAAGCAUAUUGGCCAUUGCACUUGGUUUUGCAUUUUGUAGUUGGAAUCUCAUAAUACUAACCAUUUUCCUUAACUUUUAUGAUAUUUUUGUUAA